AUGGGAUUUAUUGGGAAAGCUAUUCAUCUGUCAGUCGAUCUGGUAUUAGUUUCUACGUGUUUAGCAGGGAUUAAAAGGAAUACUGGAUUGACUCCAAAGAUAGAGAGAUUUGAAAACCCUACAGUUAGAGAAUAUAUGGUAAAAUAUUUAAAUUUUGGAGAAUCUGUAUAUGAUUAUACUGUAGCUACAUGUGGAUCUUCAUCGAAUUUUACAAGAAAAUGA